CUCUUUUUCCACCUCUUUUAGGGCAUCGAACCGUCUCAGUCUCUCUCCACUUAUUUUAUGGCUGCGCUAGAACACUCGAAAUCUCAAGCUUUUCCAAACUUAGGUCUUAACACAUGGACAUGGACAUGGAUGUGGAUGUGGAUGAGGCUGUAGAUAUGGAUUGGGAUAUGGAUGUGGAGGAGGUUGAAGAUUUGGGUUUGGAUGUGAAAUUUGCUAGAUUACAGGGAUUAGCUCAUGGAGAAGAUGGGUUACUAGAAGAUCAGGUAUGGAUUUAUAAGUUGGAGAAGAAGAAGAACAGUGACAGGGUCACAUCCACAUGCAUUCAACAAGUGAUCCCAUACAUUAAUGUGGAUAGGUGUGAGCUGGCUGUUCAACAAUAUAACACGAAGCACCGCAAUAUUGAACUGCAUGAAGGAGAAACGUUUGACUGGCGAGCACUUGGCGCAUUAUCAGAUAUUAGAGACCAAGGUCUCUGUGGAUGCUGUUACGCAGUCACUUCUGCGGACAACAUAAUGGCAGUGCACCAGAUUAACCUGGAGGAACUGGUUGAUCUUAGCUGGCAAGAGAUCAUUGACCACUGUCCAUGGACUCAAGGAUGUGGUGGUGGGACCACAUUGAGUUCGUACAUGUACGUAUUAAGAAGACCAGGAGGGGAUUGAGUCGUCUCCAACAUUACCCCUACAUAGGUCGACAAAAUACAUCUCCUGGAUUGGUGCUUCCUCCAGCCGCAGUGGGUAUUCAUGCUGUUAUGCGGGUUAAUUACUUUUCCGAAAGGAAUAUAAUGAGGCACAUUAAAGUGCAACCCAUCAGUAUAACCUUGUAUUGGGGGCCUGCCAUUCAGAAUUUCCAUGGCCCGGUGUUUUUGGAAUUCAAUAUGGCUCUUACAGAUCAAAGAGCACAUCUACAUUAAGAAGCAAUAGUAUUCUUCUAAGUUAAUAUAAAAGGCGAGCAAUACUAAGUUAAACACUAGGGCUGACAUGGUUUAAACAACAAGCUCAUGAGAAAUUAGUGUAGACACAGGCUUAACUACUAGAAAGAACAGACAUUGGCUGCACUGUUAUUAGACCUUGGGCAAACUUCAUCAAUGACUGAAGCUGCAAAAUAGAUGUCUAUUUGGAGGAUUUUGGUGCAGAUAACAGUAGCGGGACUAGCUCUGGAAAGCAAAUUAGAUAGAUGGCUAGCUUACUUCAGAUGUUUCAACUCCCUAUCACAUAUUUUGGAAACACAAUGUCCUUUUGGAUGAGUGAUGAAAAGAAUCGGAUUUGGUUUUACUUUUAGAUGUUCUUGUGAAGUUGUAGUUGACAACAUUGCGAGCUUGCUUGCUCUUUCAGUUCUCACAGUGUAGUACCAGUUGUUUUUUGUCCAAAGGAAUUUUCAUUAUCUAAACGGUGUAACAGUUUGGGAAACCAUCACUAUUCCUUUCAAGGAUCACAAUCUACUUUAUUUGCACAUUGUUAAAACUCUCUAGCGGCUGGUUUCAAUUGUGCAAUUCUGGAACCGUCACUCUUCAGUCUUUACUCAGGAUAUGGAUAAUCAAAAUUCUUUUGUAUUUGUAACAUAAUGUAUAGCAGAAAUAAAACACUCAUUGUGCCUGAAUAAGUUUGUGUGAGUCAAUGUGGGUGUCUAACCUUUGUUUUCGUGGAAGUUUGCCGACAUCGUCCUAAUUUUCCUCAACUUCAAAUGUUAUGAUGGGGAGACGGCUAUGACUUGGUCCUUACACAUUUUAGAGACACCACGAAUGCAAGCUCAUUCGCUUCUUCUCAUUGGUUUUGGAAGAAAUGGUGAUGGAGAUGAUUAUUGGCUGCUUCAAAACAGUCAUGGUGAAAAUGUAGGAGAUGGUGGGAUCUACCGAGUAAGGAGAGGAGGGGAGUAAGAUAUUCUCUUUGGGAAAAUGGAAGAUGGGGUUCGUACAGGUGGUUUGGUUAUAUAUGCUAAUUUUCCUGUCGUAGCAGUAAAGUAAAAGAUAUAAACAGGGUGGUUCUUUAAUGUAGUUCUGUCACAUUGAUCUUGCAGAAGAACCACUAAAUAAUGUUUCUGUAUUUCGAUUUCUGGAUUCUUGGGAUCUAUUUAGAACAUCUGGCUGAUCGUGUAGCUAGUUGUUUUUUUUUUGGAAGCAUUACAGACAGCUAAUGUUGUACUAGUAUUACUUACAGCCUCCUAGAUAAACAAUAUAUUCUGUUAAUUGGUAGAA